AUGGGGAAAGUAUUGUGGGAACAGCUUGAAAUAAGCCUCCGCUCCCCGGAUUCUAUUGCGGGCGGCGCAGGGCCGGCUCAGCCUUCCGUAGGGACAGGGGGGAGGGGGCGGCAGGAUGUGUCACCCAAAUACCAGGCUCGAGUCGGCGGCCGAACCGGCCGAGCAGGUCAGGCGGAGUAUAAGAGAAGGCGGGAGCGGCCGGGCGGCAGACGCCAGGAGACAGUCCUAGACCGCGGAGCCGGAGCCCAGCCGAGCCCUCGCGCCUCGUCCGCCCGCGUCCCGUCCGCGCCUCUCCGCCCCAUCAUGGACCGGGGCCCGGUCCUUGCACUGCCGCUGCUGCUGCUACUGGCAGCGGCGACCGGCCGCACGGCCGCGCAGGACAGCUGUACGUGCCCCACCAACAAGAUGACCGUGUGCAGCUGGGACAGCCAGAGCGGCCGCUGCCGGUGCCAGGCGAUGGGCACCAAUCACGAGGUCAACUGCUCCACGCUGACGUCGAAGUGCCUGCUGCUCAAGGCGCGCAUGCAACGCCCCAAGGGGGGCCGCGGGCUGGUGCGGCCGAGCGAGCACGCGAUCGUGGACAACGACGGCCUGUAUGACCCCGAGUGCGACCGAGAGGGCCGCUUCAAGGCCCGCCAGUGCAACCAGACGUCGGUGUGUUGGUGCGUGAACUCGGUGGGCGUGCGCCGCACGGACAAGGGCGACCAGAACCUGCUUUGCGACGAGGUGGUGCGCACGCACCACAUCCUCAUCGAACUGCGCCACCGCCCGGGCGCUCGCGCCUUCAACCACACGGCCCUGGAUGCCGAGCUGCGGCGGCUCUUCCGCGAGCGCUACCUGCUGCAGCCCAGGUUCGUGGCGGCCGUGCACUACGAGGAGCCCACCAUCCAGAUCGAGCUGCGGCAGAACGCGUCGCAGAAGGCCCCUGGAGACGUGGACAUCGCCGACGCCGCCUACUACUUCGAGAGGGACGUCAAGGGUGAGUCGCUCUUCUCUGGCCCCGGUACCUUCGACGUGCGCGUGCGCGGCGAGCCCCUGGUAGUGGAGCGGACCCUCAUCUACUACCUGGACGAGAAGCCCCCGCGGUUCUCCAUGAAGCGCCUCACGGCCGGCCUCAUCGCCGUCAUCGUGGUGGUCGUGGUUGCCCUCGUCGCCGGAGUGGUCGUCCUGGUGAUGAGUAACCGGAGGAAGUCGGGGAAGUACAAGAAGGUGGAGAUAAAGGAACUGGGGGAGUUGAAUAAGGAACCGAGCUUGUAG